UCGAAGCAAUUGACGCAAUUUAACUCCCAUUAUGUUAUCUGCCCAGCUUCGUUGAGUAAAGACAACGAGUGACGGUAUCGUUCUGCAUUCCCUAUCAACGACGUUCCUAAUAAACAUGGAAAACGAUCGCAAAAUCGCGUUCCUCACAACCGAAUUGCCGGCGAAGAUCCUACGGGAAACCCCGGAGUUGGACAGCAAGGGAAAUUUUUCCGUGGUAAACCUAAGCACUCCAGAUCAUCUCGAUGGAUUCAUGUCUACUAUCCACAAGCUCUCAUUUCGUUAUCAAAGCCAAGAUGGAAGUGACGAGCGCACGUUAAAUUUAAUGGUAAAAGUGAUGAAGGGCAGCGAUGAAUUCCGCGAGGCAUCCUUAAGCAAGAUCCAAUUCACGAACGAAAUCUACAUCUACACGAAGGUGUUGCCGGUGUUUCGGGAGCUGAUCGAAGCUUCCGACUUGGAAAUUUCCCCGGACUGGUGUCCGAAAGUGUAUUUCGGUGCAUCUGGACAUUUUCCCAGCUACAGCGACCAGUAUGAGACGAUUCUCGUCCUGGAAGACAUAUCCCCUCUGGGUUACAUUGCGGGUCCAAGGAUCAAUCUGGAGGAAGACCAUUUGCGUCUGAUGAUGCGCAAUAUCGCGUCAUUCCACGCCUGUACCUAUGCCAUGCGUAUCCGUGGAGAUCCACGUUUAGAUGAUUUAAUCAACGGAAUCGUUCCAUUAGAUUUCAUUCAUGGUGAUAAAAUGUUCACCAGUUACGAUGUGCUGUUCAAGCUAGGAGUCGAUCGGCUUUAUCGCUAUUUGGACGCCCAUCCGGAACAGCUUGACACGGAGAGUUUCAAAGCAGACUUUCAACGGUUCCGCAAAAUCUACGGAACGACUCCCAUACGUCUGAUGCAAAAUUUGCUGAAACGAGAUGAGGUAUUUUCGGUGAUUCUUCAUGGCGACUACAAUCGAAACAAUGUGCUGUUCCGCGUGGACACUGAUGGGAAUCCAACGGCAUUGAAAAUGUUUGAUUUUCAAGAAAACCGAUACGCCACCCCCGUAAUCGAUCUUACUUUUUUCAUGUACAUGAGUAUGACGCAGGAACUACGCGAGCGUUGUUGGGAUGAACUGGUGGAAGAAUACCACAGCACAAUGCUAAAAUCCCUUGCUUCCAUUCUAAAGGUUAAUCUGGACGAUCCUUCGUUGGAUUCGUAUCGUUUUGAACCAUUUUUGAACCACUUUCAACGACACGCACUUUACGGCGUCGUGGUAACGUUGCACUUCCUGCCAUGGAUGAUGUGUCCGGAGGACGAAUGUGAGCAACUGUCGAAUGAAUUUGCGCGAGAUAUUUCUUCCUCGGAAAUGGCUCGUUUAACAAGAGUUUGCGGCGGAGAGGAGGUCGACAAGAGGCUUGUGGGAGUUUUGCGGCACGCAAGCAGCAAAGGUUAUUUUGAUUUUAUUAAUUGACUAAUUCAUCUUUGAUACCCAAUCUAUUUUCUAUGGCGAAUUUAUACUCCGUACAGCUCGGGGAAUUUUACGAACGAAUUUAUACAGUUAAAAUUAAUGAAUUUAUCGUACGUCUGCUGAAGGCAGUACUUUUAGGCUUUAACACAGUAAAACUGUUUUCUGGACAUGCUUUAUGUUUAUUGGAAUAAAGAUAUUUGUUAAUCAUAACCUUUUAA